CUUCUCUACUUUUAGGCUAGAACGUUUACCCUAACGUCGGUCACGACCUUUUUUAACAUUCCUUUUUUUUAACACCACGGACCAACCCAAGGCCAGUAUUGGCAGAAACCAAGCAAGGAUGUCGCCCUCCGUCAAUGAGAAGACCCAAGUGGAUGAGGGCCAAGGAGGCGAGCACCCGGCCGUGACUCUGUUCCGCGACUACCUCCGCAUCAAGUCCGUUCACCCGGAGCCCGACUACAACGGUUGUCUGGCCCUGCUCAAGGCCCAAGCCGACAAGAUCGGCCUGGCCUAUCAUGUGGUGGAGGUGGUCCAGACUAAGCCAGCCCUGAUCAUGUCGUGGCCCGGCAGCCAGCCCGAGCUCCCGGCCAUCUUGCUCAAUUCCCACACGGACGUGGUGCCGGUCUAUCCCGAAUUCUGGAAGCACGACCCUUUCGAGGCCGUCAAAGAGGCCAAUGGCGAUAUCUACGCCCGAGGCACGCAGGACAUGAAAUCCGUGGGCAUCCAGCAUCUGGAGGCCAUCCGGCGGCUCAAGGAACGUGGGAUCCAGCUCAAACGCACCGUGCACUUAUGUUUUAUUGCCGAUGAAGAGGUGGGCGGCCAUGAUGGCAUGGCCAAGUACGUGUUGACCUCGGAGUUCAAGAAGCUCAACAUCGGCAUGGCUUUGGACGAGGGUCUGGCCUCACCCGACGAGUCCAUUCCCCUGUAUUUUGGCGAGCGGAAUGUGUUUUGGGUCAAGUUCCAUUGCUCGGGUAAUCCGGGUCACGCAUCCCGCUUCAUUGAAAACACGGCGGCUGAGAAAGUCCAGUAUAUGGUGAAUAAACUGUUGGGAUACCGCGAGAAGCAGAAGCAGCUCUUCCUUGCCGAUCCGGAGCAGCAUUUGGGCGAUGUGACCACCAUCAAUCUAACAUUCAUGUCGGGGGGCGUGCAAAUGAAUGUGGUGCCCAACGAGUUGUGCGUGGGAUUCGAUAUGCGGAUCACCCCCACCACCAAUAUUGUCGAGUUCCAAAAAAUGCUGGAAUCAUGGACUGAAGAGGCUGGAGGUGGAAUUCGGAUGGAGUUGGUGCAAAAGUUUACGGAUCAAACAAUGACUUCGGUGUCCGCCGAUGAUCCGUGGUAUCAGGCAUUUACUCGAGGGGUACAAGCUCACGGCUUGAAAAUUUCGCCCCAGAUCUUUCCGGCGGCCACAGAUAGCCGGUAUUUGCGGGAAGUGGGCAUCCCGGCGCUAGGAUUUUCACCCAUGAACCAUACGCCCGUUCUACUCCACGAUCACAAUGAGUUUCUGAACGAAAAGAUCUUCCUAAAAGGCAUCGACAUUUUUGAAGACAUCAUUCGGGAAAUCGCUUCGGUUUAAAUAACCCGAACACUAUCCUUUGAUCGUGCGCCUGGAACAUUUAUGAAGACGAAAUAUGCACAGAAAAUGGCAAUGUGUCAGGAAGGGAGCACGUAAAUUGGAAAGUGAAUAAAAGAAAUGACAAAAAAGUA